UCCUUAUUAUUGAUAUAUAUCCAUACUAAUCUGUAGGUCCGACUGCAAAAACAACAGACAAGUUCUCGAACUUCUGGCUUAUGGUUUGGAAUGAGAAAUCUGAUAUCAUUGUGAUGCUGACCAAUCUCCGUGAAGCUUCGGGAAUGAAGUGUGAAAAGUACUGGCCAGAAUUGGAGAAAGGAGAGAUUUAUGGUCAAAUCAAAGUGACAUGUCGAAGUAUUGAGGAUUUUGCUGAGUACACUGUCAGAACCUUCUCUAUAUCAAAGGGCAAAGCAGAGAGACACGUGGUGCAGCUACAUUACACGGCAUGGCCGGAUAAAGGCGUUCCACAAGAAGUGACAAGUCUUGUAGAAUUUAGACAGAGGGUGAAGGCAGUUCCUUUAAUAUUAGGUGGUCCAGUCAUCGUCCAUUGCAGUGCGGGAGUAGGUAGAACUGGGACUUAUAUUGCACUAGACCAGCUUACAGAGGAAGGCAAGUGUGAAGGAUCUGUUGAUGUAUUCAACUGUGUUAACAGAAUGAGAGAGCAAAGGGUCAAUAUGGUCCAGACAGCUGAUCAGUACAAGUUCCUUUAUAAGUCUUUGGUGCACUCGCUUUCAUUCGGUUGCGAAGCUUUGACGGCUGAAGAGAUUCAAGGAUUUACAUACAAAGCAGAUGGACAUUUGUUCACAGACAUGUUUGAGACUCUUCGACAAGAAGUUGAUAUUGAGAGUAAGGAAGAUACGGAGGAUCGCCAAGAAAACAGAAGACGACACAAGGACAAAAAUCGACGACAUUCUGAUAUCCCUGCUCAUCGCAGUAGAGUACGAUUGUACCUUGCACGAGCAGAUGGACACCAUGACUACAUAAAUGCUGUAUUUAUAAAUAGUUUCAGGACCAAGAACCUCUUUAUUGCUGCACAGUCCCCACUUCCUGGAACGGUCGAAGACUUUGUCUGCAUGAUUUAUCAACAGAACAGUUCUUGUGUUGUUGAUUUAGAGGAAUCUCAUGAUCAGAAUGAUGUUGGAAAAUAUCUUCCUGCUGACAAUGAGACUUACAAAUGUGGCGAUUUCACUGUAACGAGCUCAAAGUGUGAGACAAAAAAACAGUAUAUCUUGAAGAAAGUAUCAAUAAAAACCACCAAGAAGAGUGAAGAAAAAUCAGUUUAUCACUUCAAGUACACGAAAUGGGGAAGAUCUAAGACGGUUCCAGACAGUGUUGAAGAUUUUGUUCACUUCAUAAAAGAUGUAGAAAAAAUUGUUAACCGUCAAACUGAGGACCAACCUCAUAUAGUAGCUCACUGCUUGAGUGGCUAUGAGAGAACUGGGCUGUUUUGUGUCGUUUACAAACUGCUAGAGAAACUGGAGGCAGAAAGACAAGUCAGUGUUGUUAACACUGUGAGGAAAAUAAGAACACAUCGGAAACAGUCAAUCACAUCUGUGGAACAGCUCAAGUUUUGCUACCAGUGCAUAUCUGCUUACUUAGAGAUGUACAACACCUACUCCAAUUUUGCUACUUGAGAAGUUGCACAACUCUUGUGUAAUGUAAUGGAUUGCCAAACAAUCAAAGCGUAUACUUAUUGAACAAUAUACUGUUCAUUGUGGGUUUAUCACUUAUCAUAGAAUGCAUUCAAAACCUAUGAAUGUGUAUGUUAGGUAAUAUUAUUCAUCUUCAUAUUUAUUAUACUCAAAAUAUAUUGACAUUUGUGCGUGUUUUUCAUCAUUUUUGUACUCUGGUGAUUUCUUGAAAUCUUUGUAUCAGUAGUCUAGAGAAAUGUAAUUUUUUUUAAUUUUUCCAUUAUAACUCAUUAUAAUGAAUAAGAAUAUCAAGUUGAAAACUAAAUGUAAUAGAUGAAGCAUGACUGCAACGCGAUAAGCUUGUAUUCCUAUCAGUUUUUAUUUGGAUAAAAUCGAGAUUCCAUCCUUUUAACCAGUAUCUAAUAUCUGAAAAUGUCGUGACAAAGGUCAAGGUUAAAUAAUUUGUGUUACAUUUCUUAUUGUUUAAAUUUCGUUUAGUUUUAAUUGUUACGUUGCAAUAUGGCUACUAAGGUAACGUUGAUGUAAAAUGCAUUGGUUGUUUUAUCACAAUUAGAAACCCAGAUCGUAGCCUUCCAGGUGGACAUCCAAAUAACUGGAUUGUGUUUUAUCUUGUAGCUAGAUGGCGCUUUACUAAGGAGUUCAUCUACCAGUAAUAAAGGUAGAUAAUGGUUUUAAUAUAGAGAUGAAAAGUUAAAGAAAAAAACAACAUGUAUUUCGAAUGUGUGUUUGUAUGGAUAUGUGUUAAAAGUUGCCUUUUUGUUUUUGUAAUUGCAGCUGUAAAUUUUUAUAUGACAUUGGAAAAUAAUGUAACAAUUAUUAUCGGCGAACAGACGUUUUUUAAGUUCACUUCCGGAGGAUGUUCUUAUAGAUUUUACUUAACUAUCAAAACAGAAAUCAAGAAGUGCCAUGUGAAUGUUGCAAAAUGUGUCCCCGAGCUUGAUCUCAAUGGCGUUAUAUUUUAUGGCUUUUUUAGUUUACCUUAUUAAGUGCAAAUGAAACGUCUUUGAAAUAGCGGAAACCGGUGUGUUGAGUGAAAGGUAUGGCACAUUUCAUCACCUCUUAGGAUAAAUUCAGUUUAACCAGGCCUGACUUUUUAUCUUGGUUGUGUACCAUUCUUCCCAAUAAUAUUCUCAUAGAGAAGUAAUCAAUUGCAAACAGGUUGCCAGAAUAAAAUAAAAUAUUUCCGUUCAAACAUGAGGUGGCCUUUAAAUUUUAUUUAGUGCAUGUUAAAUGAAUUGCAAAGUAUUUUAGUAACCCGAUUGUACUAACACUUUAAAGAACACAUAUAUACAUUAUGUUAACGUAAUUAACAACUUGGUCGAGAUUUAACAUAAGCAAUACGAGGUUAAGACUGUUAAUUAUUCUUGUGAAUAUAAAAACUUGAAAGAUAUCAAUGACAAAUAAUACGUUGUUUUCAUUUAAGUUGGUAUUUUACGAUUUGUGAAAUUUUAUU